GAUUUUGCCCCUCGCCGGCCCGGGCGGGCAGUCGGCGCAGCUCACGCGCCCCAACGGCGCCCUGACGCGCGCCGGGCAGCUCUACUACCAGCUUGCGGGCCGGAGGCCGCCGAGCCGCCAGUUCGACGAGGCGCAGCCCCUGAUCCGCGAGGGCGCCUCCGACUUCAUCCUGCUCCGCAGCGGCGUCAAGAAGCUGCUGGGCAAGGCCUUCUUCAAGGAGAAGUACACCGAGUGGCUGGCCCACGUGCCGGUGCGCAUCCGCGGCCGCCGCAAGAACGGCUGGGGCUACGAGCGCCAGGACUACCUGCCGCUCUUUGAACGUGGGCCUUCAGAGGCAGAACGACGGGCUGCGGUGCUGCAGCAGCUGGGCAACCCGGGCGAGGACGACGCGAUCAUGGAGCUGUCCGAGGAGGAGUGGACGCUGAGUUCGCAGACCACGCAGCGCCUCGACGACCGCACGGUCGUGGAGACGAGCCUGCGGCAGCCCCUGGGCGCGCUGGCGCAGCGCGAGGUCUCCUACCAGCUCUUCAAGGGCGACGAGGUGCUGGCCUCCGCUUUCGAGCGGCGGCCUGACAGGCUGUGCGCGGCCCGGCAGCUGGCGGAGCUGCUGCGGCUGCCGCUGGAGGAGGUGCUCUCCGACAUCGAUGCCAUCUGCGACCGCGGCUGGCAGGAGCGGGGCAUCACGCCCGAGGAGAUCCGCAGGUUCUGCGUCUGGCGGGGUGCGCCCAUGUUCUACGUGAACUGCCAAGGGCAGCUCCUGGACGCCUACCAGCCGGCGGAGAAGGAGGCCCGCGCGGUGGCCUUCACGGCCUGGCAAGGCCAUGCGUUCUUCUACAAGAACGCCCGCAGCGUCUAUACCAGUGCGACGAC